AUGCGUGGCAUUGUGAAGAAAACAUUCACCCCCGGAAAGGGAGAAUGGAAACUGGCGUAUGACUUCUUUUGUCCCACGUCAACUGGCACCAUUCCUCCAUUGGUCUUACUGCAUGGGCUGCUGGGAAACCGCAAACAGAACCGUCAUGUUGCAGGAAUUCUUGCACACAAUCUGCAGACACCUGUCCUUGUUCCCGAUCUAACUAACCACGGAGAUUCUUUUCACCGUAGUGCCCACAGUAAUGAGCUCAUGUCUGAAGAUAUAUCCAAUUUGCUAAAAACUCCGGCGAUCAACCCGCAGUAUUCUCGUGGCUACGUUAUGAUCGGACAUUCAAUGGGAGGGAAGGCAGCGAUGUUUCACGCACUCAAUCACCCUAACGAUGUGUUGGGGGUCGCUUCAGUUGACAAUGUGCCAUAUAAGAAUCCCAGGGCGGCAGACUCAGAGUUUGCUCGGUUUGAUCGAUUUUUCAGCUAUGUGAAACAAUUUUUAACCAAUUCUACGUUUUCGAGCUUAGCAGAGGUGGACCAGAAAUUAAAGGAUAUUGAACCAGAUAAACGUUUCAGACAGCUUCUUGCUAGCAACUUUAAAAGAAACAAGGUCUCGAAAGCCAUUGAAUGCAAAGUUCCAGUCGACGUUUUACAGCAAUCAUUGGAGACCCUAAAGAUACUAGAAGUCGAUGGCUCUCUUAAAUAUAACGGACCCUUACUCAUUAUCAGAGCUUUGAAGAGUCCUUUUGUUGGCGAAAUAGACCAUGAAAAGGUCUCCGAUCACUUUCCAAAUUAUUCCACGAGUGAUAUCAACACCGGUCAUUGGGUGAUUACGGAAGAUUGUCCCGGAUUCGUAACGAUAAUUGAUGAAUGGAUCAAAAAUCAAAAAUUCGGAAAUCAUCAGCAGUAA